AUGAAAAAUUUGCAACAGAGUUUGAAGAAACCAAAACUCUUCUGGGCUUCAGCAGCUGCUCCUUUAACAUCAGUCAUUCUGUCAACAAUUAUAGUCUUUCUUCUCAGAAAUAAAACUCUUAAAAUUUCAGUGCAAAUUGGACACUUAUCAGAGAGUGUUAAUACACCACCAAUAAACCUGUUAUACUCCAAUGGUCCUUACUUGGCUCUUUCUAUCAAAACAAGCAUUGUCACUGGGAUUCUUUCUCUCACAGAAGGAAUUGUGGUAGGUAGAACAUUUGCAACACUUAAGAAUUACCAGGUGGAUGGAAAGAAAGAAAUGAUGGCUAUUGGUUUCAUGAAUAUAGCUAGUUCUUGA